GUUGACAAGCUUGCAAUUUCCUGCUUGUAAGCAGCCAUUUUAUCUGUCUUUUCUUUGCUGGUCUGCCAUCCUCGUGUAGCAAGAUUCCAAGAUGGUUAACUCGAAAGGUUAUCGCCGUGGUACUCGUCAUUUGUUCUCCAAGAAAUUCAAGGAACAUGGUGUUGAACCUCUGUCCACUUUCCUGAAGGUUUACAAGAAGGGAGAUAUUGUGGAUAUCAAGGGUAACGGUGCCUUCCAAAAGGGCAUGCCAUUCAAGUACUACCAUGGCAAAACCGGCAGGGUUUUCAAUGUUACACAGCAUGCUGUUGGCAUCAUUGUAAACAAACAAGUCCGUGGAAAGAUCUUGCCUAAGAGGAUUAAUGUGCGUGUGGAGCACAUCAACCACUCCAAGUGCCGUCAAGACUUUUUGACUCGAGUGAAGACCAAUGAGAAACUGAAGAAAGAAGCAAAAGAGAAAGGCAUCAGAGUGUGUUGCAAACGCCAGCCUCAGCAGCCAAGACCUGCUCAUUUCGUCUCUACCAAGAACAAUGAGCCAAUUUUCCUUGCUCCUAUUCCCUACGAGUUUAUUGCUUAAGUGUACAUCUUGAGCUGAAACUUCAAAUAAAGUGGAUGGACCCAACAAA